GUGGAGAAAGAUGUUCUGAUCCCCAAAAUAAUGAGGGAAAAGGCCAGAGGGAGGUGUGCUGAGCAAGUUGAAGAUUUUACCAGAUGUUGCAAGGACUCUGGAAUUCUUCUGGUGGUAAAAUGCCGGAAAGAAAAUUCUGCACUGAAAGACUGUCUAACUGCUUACUAUAAUGAUCCAGCCUUCUAUGAAGAAUGCAAACUGGAAUACCUCAAGGAAAGGGAAGAAUUCAGAAAAACCGGAAUUCCUACCAAGAAGAGGCUACAGAAGCUUCCCACAAGCAUGUAGGCAAAUAGUGAGUCAGGAAGCCACUUGCAAUAUAACCCAGAAAUAAUGGACUGAAA